AUGGAACCGGAGCCAACCAUUAGCGCUCUCCUCGAGGCUGUCACAGCCCUCACAGCCACAGUCGGGUCCCUACAGGACCAAAUCCGCAACCAAGGCCAACAGCUCAUUGAGCUCAAGGCCAUAUGCAAGGAGACCGCCGACUUACUUGGCGACAAGGACCAAGGAGGACCCCAAGUCCAAGCCAAGCCUGGCCCAUCAACUGGGCCUGUUACCCCUCCAACCCACACAGGAGGGGAAACCCACACUCCAGGCACGGUUAGGCCUGGGCUCAAGGCCCCUUUCAGGCCAUCAAAAGGAACAGGGUUCGAUUCAGAGGAAGAAGAGGAACCCAGACGUCCCAAAAGGGAGCCUCAAGGAACGCCUAGGAGGCAUCUAGGGUCCCUAACCCCCUUUGACGCAGGGUCCAGCGUAAAGCGGCCUAAAAUGGACCUCCCCGAACCUUUUAAAGGCGAUACCAGAGGGCGCAAGGCCACGCAAUGGCUGGACCGGAUGAUGCUCUGGGUAGCUCUCCACAGGGAUCAGUUUGACGAGGAAGAGCAAAUGGUGGUAUGGAUCUUGUACCACAUGACCGACAAGGCAGCCGAUUGGGCUCUCCCUAUCAUUGGGAAUAUUAUCAAGGGGGAGGGCAACCCUCCCACCACCAUCCAGGCCUUAACGGCCAAAUUUAAAGAAGCCUUCGCUGAUCCUGAUGCCAAACGGGCCGCCGCCAGGAAAAUUGCGGCACUUACUCAAACCUCCACGACCUCCGAGUACGUCACGGAGUUCCGCAACCUCAUGGCGGAACUAGACUGGAACGAGGAGGCCUACAUCGCCCAAUUCACGUGCGGCCUUCACUGGAAGGUUAAAGAACUGCUAUCUACCAAGGAUAGCAUCCCGGACGACCUUGAAGCCAUCUUUGCCGCGGCAAUCAAAAUUGACAAUAUCCGCCGCGAAAAUGAGGAAAAUCGUCCCAAGAAAACCCUCUCCAAGUCCCCGGUCACCGCGACCACCUCCACUUCCACUACCACCACCAGGGUCCGCCUAUCAGAGGAUCCCAACUAUGUCACCCCGGAGGAAAGGGACCGUCGCCGAGCAUCUGGUCUCUGUGUCAAGUGUGGUCAGAAGGGUCAUGGGAUCAAACAAUGUCCCAAUGGUUGGAAGGCAACGAUCAAGGAGGUAGCCAAGGUGGCUGAGGAUGUUGAAUCGGGAAAAGAUUAA